CCUUGUAGGCGCUUCUGGAAGGAGCCGCUUUGUCAAAGCCAUUAUCUUAAAAAUUGUACAGAUUUUCAAGAUGAGCGAUACUUCUGAAGUGGUUCCAAAUUUUGAAGAGAUGUUUGCAAGCAGAUUUACACAAGACGACAAAGAGUACCAGGAAUACUUGAAACGUCCUCCUGAAUCCCCUCCAAUUGUUGAGGAAUGGAAUAGCAGAGCUGGUGGUCACCAAAGAAAUAGAGGCAACUGGCUGCAAGAUAACAGACAGUUUAGAGGUAGGGAUAACAGACGAGGAUGGCCAAGUGACAAUCGAUCAAAUCAGUGGCAUGGACGGUCGUGGGGUAACAAUUAUCCACAGCAGAGACAAGAUCCUUACUAUCAACAGUACGGACAAUAUGGUCACAACCAGCGGCCUCCCUAUGGUUACUACUGACAGAAAUGUUGCAGUUCUUAACAUAAGACCAUUCAUUGAUAAUGUGCUAAACCUUCAUUUGUCUUCUUUUGGUCAUAGUUUUUUCAUUCUAUUUUACAGAAUGGGUUGUUAAUUGUUUAGAACUUGAGACUUGAAAAAAAACUGAUCUUGCUAGAGAUGUGGUGAUUGAUGGGAAUAAAGUGUGUAUUAUAUUGUC